GCCCGCCUCAAACAUGGCCGCCACCCGUCCCUUGCAAGGCGGCCAGGGGUUUUUCAGCGUGUAGGAACUGUGUCGGGUCCCGCAUCCGGCGCCUUUCGAAAGGGCUGUCCGGGACAGAGCGCGGCGGGGCGUUAGGGUCCGCCCGGGGGUCGCUCGAGGGCGGACCGGAAGUCCCCGGGGGAGCCGUCCGGGGGAGCGGUUGGGCGCGCGCCGGAAGUGGCGGCCUGCGGUCCGCGGGAGCCGCGGGAUUCGGGUCCCUGGGCGGCGGCGGCGGCGGCGACAUGGAGCCUGGGGCUGCGGAGCUGUACGAUCAGGCCCUGCUGGGCAUCCUGCAGCACGUGGGUAAUGUGCAGGACUUCCUGCGCGUGCUGUUCGGCUUCCUCUACCGCAAGACGGACUUCUACCGCCUGCUGCGCCAGCCGUCGGACCGCAUGGGCUUCCCGCCCGGCGCGGCGCAGGCCCUGGUGCUGCAGGUAUUCAAGACCUUUGACCACAUGGCCCGUCAGGAUGACGAGAAGAGGAGGAAGGAGCUUGAAGAGAAAGUCAGAAGAAAGGAAGAGGAGGAGGCCAGUGGAACAGCCCCCGAAGCCAAGGAGGAGCGGGGGGCCGGCCCAGUCCCUGGGGCCGUGCAGGAAGUAGAGAUUGAUGCCACCCCAGAGGUGGGUGGGCCCGCAGAGGCGGAGAAAGCCCCCGCUCCAGGCCUGCAGGACACGGUGGUGCUGCCGCUGGCGCCUGGCCCGGAGGAGGUGGCCGCGGCUCCUGGAGCAGCUGCUGGUGCUACGGAAUCCCCCAGGGACCCUCCAGCUCCCUCCAGGCUUCAGGAGCAAUUCCAGAGAAACCCUGACAGCUACAACGGGGCCGUCCGGGAGAAUUACACCUGGUCCCAAGACUACACAGACCUGGAGGUCAGGGUGCCAGUGCCCAAGCACGUGGUGAAGGGGAAGCAGGUCUCUGUGGCUCUGAGCAGCAACUCCAUGCGUGUGGCUGUGCUGGAGGGGAGUGGGGAGCGCGUGCUCAUGGAGGGGAAGCUCACCCACAAGAUCCACACCGAGAACUCGCUUUGGAGCCUGGAGCCGGGCAAGUGCGUUCUGGUGAACCUCAGCAAGGUUGGGGAGUACUGGUGGAACGCCAUCCUGGAGGGCGAGGAGCCCAUCGACAUUGACAAGAUCAACAAGGAGCGCUCCAUGGCCACCGUGGACGAGGAGGAGCAGGCCGUCCUGGACAGGCUCACCUUCGACUACCACCAGAAGCUGCAGGGCAAGCCACAGAGCCAUGAGCUGAAAGUCCAUGAGAUGCUGAAGAAGGGGUGGGAUGCUGAAGGCUCUCCCUUCCGAGGCCAGCGGUUCGACCCAGCCAUGUUCAACAUCUCCCCGGGGGCUGUACAGUUUUAGUGGCCUGGAGGAGAGGAGCCCCCGCCUGCAGGGCUGUGGGCCUCACCCUCAGCCACCCCCUCUGGCUCCCUGCCCGCCAGGGGCUUGCUUGUCCUGUUCAUCCCUGGCCUGCCUUUGUCUCCAGGGCGAACGAGGCCUUCCACUCUGACCUUGCAUCCAGACUGUUCAGCAGAGGCUUGGGGCCCCUGUGGUGUGGCCGCCGCAGCUGCCGCAGACUGGAGGUGUUUGGAACACAGGAGGGAGGCGUCCGGCACCAGAGAUCAUGGGCUUUGUCUCCACAGCAACCAGCCGUGCAGGCCGCCUCUCCUCCCCUGCUCGCUGCUUGCUGCUGUUUGAUGCUCCUCUGCUUGCUUCUCUGCUUGGGGGGUUGGGAGGGAAGGGAAUUGGUGCUGGGCAAAGCCAAAGUUGUGGAAAUUGUGGAGCUGGACACGUGCAUGAGGGCCGCGAGGGGUGCUGCACUGGGGGCUGCUUCAGGAAACCCCAUGCCCUUCCCUGUGGGCGUAUGCUGGCUGUCUUGUAGGUGGCGCAGGGACCCUGGGUGGGGGGAAGGCCUUGCUCCAGCUCCAGGCUCCUCUGACCGGCUGCCAGCGCAUGGCCUGGGCUACCUGGUCCCAUGAGGCCUCCCCUAGGCAGACUGUGGGGCAUUGUGGGCAGAAAGGAGCCUGAGGCACACCUUGCUGCCCUGCGGCAGGACCCCAGCUCAAGACUGGCCGAGGAGGAACCCUGCACGCACUGGCCUCCUGCAGCCAGGCCGGGCCUGAAGACACAGCACCCCACCCUCCGGGCCCAGCCCCCCUUCCUUUCCCACGUGUUCAGGACCUGGCCUCUGCCUCCUCACCCCAAGGCCUCACCUGAGCCAGGGCUGCGACCACCCCUCGGCCAGUGCUCCUGGUACUUGUGGGGUCUCUGGCCAUCCCCAGGAAAAUGGUGCCCCUACCACCUGGCACUGCUGUCAGCCUUGGUGUGCGGCUGCCUGACACUGCCUCCAGAGGGAAAGAGCCCCCGACAGCUGCAUGCUCCGUGGGCCCUUGCGGAAUGAGAACAAGUCGGCUUCCAUCGUCAUCACUUUGGGGUGGAUUUCUGAUGGCCCCGCAAGAAAGUGUUAGUAGUGUGGGGGUCUGGCUGCGCCACUGUGUCCCUGUCUUCUGCUCUGUCACCAAGCCAGGGAGGUCUCCCUGACGACUUCGCUCCGUUCAGCAGGACUGUCACCUUUAGGGCCUGAGAAGGCCUGUGCUUCUGUUGCCCAAGUUGCCAUCAGAGCCCUGGGAUUGGCAUGUGGCUGCCCUGCCUGGGGAAGGAGGGCUGUGUGUGUGUGUGUGUGUGUGUGUCCCCGCCCAUCCCCCCAGAGCUGCCUUCCAGGAGCAAUCAGCUAGUGGGUGGCGUGUGCCACACUGGGUCAUCCAGGAGGCUGAGGGCUCACUUCCGUGGUGACAUCUCUGCCCAAUUUUAUUUUGUGUUACUCUUCUCCCUGUUUCCUGCCCUAUUAAAUAACUGGUCGGUCCGCGCCUGGGGGUGAAGGGGCAGUGUGGGCUGUUGGCUGCGUGGUAGCGGCAGCCACCUUGUGCCCCAGGCCCUUGUUCCCAGCACAUGGCCUGGGAGUCUUGUGCACCCCAA